CUUCGUUCGGCUCGUUGCUGCGGUGUGUGAUGUCACCGUCUCACGCAGCGCAAUAUAUCUGAUCACAACCGAGCAGAGGACUGCAUUUGGGGCUGCUCCUUUUUGUGUCGUUUACAGCGCGAAAGCUUUCCAGAGCAGAAAAUGGAGGCCAGUGGGGUGAAAGUGUUGGAGACUGCCGAUGACAUCCAAGAGCGCAGGCAGCAGGUGCUGGACCGCUACCGGCGGUUCAAAGACCUCUCCACGCUGCGCCGGCAGAAGCUGGAGGACUCGUACCGCUUCCAGUUCUUCCGCCGAGACGCCGACGAGCUGGAGAAAUGGAUCAUGGAGAAGCUGCAGAUCGCUUCCGACGAGAACUACAAGGACCCCACCAACCUGCAGGGAAAGCUGCAGAAGCACCAGGCCUUCGAGGCAGAAGUGCAGGCCAACGCUGGUGCCAUCAUCAAGCUGGACGAGACCGGCAACCUGAUGAUCACUGAGGGCCACUUUGCCUCCGAGAUCAUCAGAAUGCGUCUGGAGGAGCUGCACAGACUGUGGGACCUGCUGCUGCAGAAGACCAGGGAGAAGGGAGACCGGCUCCUGCAGGCCCAGAAGCUGGUGCAGUACCUGAGGGAGUGCGAGGAUGCCCUGGAGUGGAUCAGUGACAAGGAAGCCAUCGUCACCUCAGAGGAGCUGGGUCAGGACCUGGAGCACGUGGAGGUCCUGCAGAAGAAGUUUGAGGAGUUCCAGACGGACCUGGCGGCUCACGAGGAACGUGUCAACGAUGUCAACCAGCUGGCCGGCAAGCUGGUCCAGGAGUCCCACCCGGAGGUGGAGCUGAUCGUGAGGAAGCAGGAUGAGGUCAAUGCUGCCUGGAAGAGGCUGAAGGGCCUGUCCCAGCAGAGACAGGGGAAGCUGUUUGGGGCUGCCGAGGUCCAGCGCUUCAACAGGGAUGUGGACGAGACGAUCAGCUGGAUCAAGGAGAAGGAGCAGCUGAUGGCAUCGGAUGACUUUGGGCGUGACCUGGCGAGUGUGCAAGCGCUCCUUCGCAAGCACGAGGGCCUGGAGAGAGAUCUGGCUGCCCUAGAGGACAAGGUGAACACCCUGGGCUCCGAGGCCGAGCGGCUGCAGCAGACCCACCCCCAGAACGCCUCUCAGAUUCACCUGAAGAGGGACGAGCUCAUCACCAACUGGGAGCAGAUCCGCACGCUGGCCGCCGAACGCCACGCCCGCCUCAACGACUCGUACAAUCUGCAGCGCUUCACUGCGGAUUUCCGUGACCUGACCAGCUGGGUGACUGAGAUGAAGGCCCUGAUCAAUGCAGAUGAACUGGCCAAUGAUGUUGCUGGGGCAGAGGCCCUGCUGGACCGUCACCAGGAGCACAAGGGAGAGAUCGAUGCCCAUGAGGACAGCUUCAAAGCCACCGAUGAAGCUGGUCAGGCCCUCCUGAACACCGGACACUAUGCCUCUGAUGACGUGAAGGAGAAGCUGGGUGUGCUGACUGAGGAGAGGGAGUCUCUGCUGGAGCUGUGGGAACUACGCAGGCAGCAGUAUGAGCAGUGCAUGGACCUGCAGCUCUUCUACAGGGACACCGAGCAGGUGGACAACUGGAUGAGCAAGCAGGAGGCUUUCCUUCUGAACGAAGACCUGGGCGACUCCCUGGACAGCGUGGAGGCCCUUCUGAAGAAGCACGAGGACUUUGAGAAAUCUCUCAGCGCACAGGAGGAGAAGAUAACUGCCCUGGAUGAAUUUGCCACCAAACUCAUUCAGAACGACCACUACGCCAAGGAGGAUGUGGCCACUCGCAGAGAUGCGCUGCUGAGCCGACGCAAUGCCCUCCACGAGCGCGCUCAGUCCCGCCGCGCCGCCCUGGAGGACUCCUUCCACCUGCAGCAGUUCUUCCGCGACUCGGACGAGCUCAAGAGCUGGAUCAACGAGAAGAUGAAGACCGCCACUGACGAGGCCUACAAGGAUCCAUCCAACCUGCAGGGAAAAGUGCAGAAGCACCAGGCCUUUGAGGCCGAGCUCUCGGCCAAUCAGAGCCGCAUCGACGCCCUGCAGAAGUCUGGGCAGGAGCUGAUCGAUGCCAAUCACUACGCCUCUGACGAGGUGUCUGAUCGCAUGGACGAGGUCAGCACCAUGUGGAAGAAACUGCUGGAGGCCACUGAGCUCAAAGGCAUCAAGCUUCGCGAGGCCAACCAGCAGCAGCAGUUCAACCGCAACGUGGAGGACAUCGAGCUGUGGCUGUACGAAGUGGAGGGUCACCUGGCCUCAGACGACUACGGCAAGGACCUGACCAGCGUGCAGAACCUGCAGAAGAAGCACGCCCUGUUGGAGGCUGAUGUGGCAGCACACCAGGACCGCAUCGAUGGCAUCACCAUCCAAGCGCGGCAGUUCCAGGAGGCGGGCCACUUCGACGCCGACAACAUCAGCAAGAAGCAGGAGGCGCUGGUGGCCCGCUACGAGGCGCUGAAGGACCCCAUGGCCGCCCGCAAACAGAAGCUGUCCGACUCCCUGCGUCUGCAGCAGCUGUUCCGCGACGUGGAGGAUGAGGAGACCUGGAUCCGUGAGAAGGAGCCCAUUGCGGCGUCCACCAACAGGGGGAAAGACCUGAUCGGUGUCCAGAACCUUCUGAAGAAGCACCAGGCGCUGCAGGCUGAGAUCGGAGGACACGAGCCCCGCAUCAAGGCUGUCACUCAGAAGGCCGAGGCCAUGGUGGAGGAGGGCCACUUUGCCGGGGAGGACGUGAAGGCCAAGCUGGGCGAGCUGAACGGCCGCUGGGACUCUCUGAAGGGGAAGGCGUCGCAGCGGCGGCAGGACCUGGAGGACUCCCUGCAGGCUCAGCAGUACUUCGCCGACGCCAACGAGGCCGAGUCCUGGAUGAGGGAGAAGGAGCCCAUCGUGGGGAGCACCGACUACGGCAAGGACGAGGACUCUGCCGAGGCCCUGCUGAAGAAGCAUGAAGCCCUGAUGUCUGAUCUUAGUGCUUAUGGGAGCAGCAUCCAGGCCCUGAAGGAACAGGCCCAGUCCUGCAGGCAACAAGUGGCACCCACAGAUGAUGAGACGGGCAAGGAGCUGGUGCUGGCUCUGUACGACUAUCAGGAGAAGAGUCCCCGCGAGGUCACCAUGAAGAAGGGGGACAUCCUCACCCUGCUCAACAGCACCAACAAGGACUGGUGGAAGGUGGAGGUGAACGACAGGCAGGGCUUUGUGCCAGCCGCCUAUGUGAAGAAGCUGGACCCCACCCAGUCCGCAUCCCGCGAGAACCUUCUGGAUGAGCAGGGCAGCAUCGCCCUGCGGCAGGAGCAGAUUGACAAUCAGCCUCUGGUCACCAAGGAGGCCUGCAGCGUGUCUGUGCGCAUGACGCAGGUGGUGGAACUGUACGGCGCUCUGGAGGAGCUGGGCAGUAAGCGUAAGGACAUGCUGGAGAAGAGCUGUAAGAAGUUCAUGCUGUUCCGCGAGGCCAACGAGCUGCAGCAGUGGAUCAACGAGAAGGAGAGCGCGCUCACCAACGAGGAGGUGGGCUCCGACCUGGAGCAGGUGGAGGUGCUGCAGAAGAAGUUUGACGACUUCCAGAAGGAUCUGAAGGCCAACGAGUCUCGGCUCAGGGACAUCAACAGCGUGGCGUCGGAGCUGGAGUCAGAGGGCCUGAUGGCUGAGGACGCCCCCGUCAUGCAGGCCCAGCAACAAGAAUUGUUGGGAGCUGCACCAGGAAAGGAUGAAGCUGAUUCAAAAAAUGUUUCACCGUGGAAGUCUGUACGCUUGACUGUACAAACGGUGGCUAACUUUAAUACCAUCAAGGAGCUGAAUCAGCACUGGAGGUCCCUGCAGCAGCUGGCCGAGGAGAGGAGCAACCUGCUGGGCAGCGCCCACGAAGUGCAGAGAUUCCACAGAGAUGCUGAUGAGACCAAAGAGUGGGUGGAGGAGAAGAACCAGGCCCUGAACACCGAUAACUACGGCCACGACCUGGCCAGCGUCCAGGCCCUGCAGCGCAAGCACGAGGGCUUCGAGAGAGACCUGGCUGCCCUGGGAGACAAGGUGAACUCCCUGGGGGAGACGGCGGACCGGCUGAUCCAGUCUCACCCCGAGGCGGCGGACGACAUCAAGGACAAGUGCAGCGAGCUGAACACGGCCUGGAGCAGCCUGGUGGGCCGGGCCGACCAGCGCAAGGACAAGCUGGGCAACUCCCACGACCUGCAGCGCUUCCUCAGCGACUUCAGAGAUCUGAUGUCCUGGAUCAAUGGCAUCCGGGGGCUGGUGUCGUCCGAUGAGCUGGCCAAGGAUGUGACUGGAGCUGAAGCUCUGCUGGAGAGACACCAGGAGCACCGCACCGAGAUCGACGCCCGCGCUGGAACCUUCCAGGCCUUCGAGCAGUUUGGCCAGCAGCUGCUGGCGCGGGGCCACUACGCCAGCCCUGAGAUCCAGGACAAGCUGGAGACCCUGGACCACGAGCGGGCUGACCUGGAGAAGGCCUGGGUGCAGCGCAGGAUGAUGCUGGACCAGUGCCUGGAGCUUCAGCUGUUCAACCGCGACUGCGAGCAGGCAGAGAACUGGAUGGCAGCCCGCGAGGCCUUCCUGGCCAGCGACGACAAGGGCGACUCUCUGGACAGCGUGGAGGCACUCAUCAAGAAGCACGAGGACUUUGACAAGGCCAUCAACGUGCAGGAGGACAAGAUCGCCGCCCUGCAGUCCUUCGCCGAGCAGCUGGUUGGAGCAGACCACUACGCCAAGCCGGAGAUCUCCGCCCGCUGCAAUGAAGUCCUGGACAGGUGGAAGCGGCUGAAGGCCCAGAUGAUUGAGAAGCGCUCUAAGCUGGGCGAGUCGCAGACGCUGCAGCAGUUCAGCCGUGACGUAGACGAGAUCGAGGCCUGGAUCAGCGAGAAGCUGCAGACCGCCAGCGACGAGUCCUACAAGGACCCCACCAACAUCCAGCUGUCCAAACUACUGAGUAAGCACCAGAAGCACCAGGCCUUUGAGGCUGAGCUGCACGCCAACGCCGACCGCAUCCGGGGCGUCAUCGACACGGGGAACUCGCUCAUCCAGAGGGGUGCCUGUGCUGGGAGUGAGGACGCGGUCAAGACACGCCUGAAUGCCCUGGAUGACCAGUGGCAGUUCCUGGUGAACAAGUCUGCAGAGAAGAGCCAGAAGCUGAAGGAGGCCAACAAGCAGCAGAAUUUCAACACCGGCAUUAAGGACUUCGACUUCUGGCUUUCAGAGGUUGAGGCUUUGCUUGCUUCUGAGGAUUAUGGGAAGGAUUUGGCCUCUGUAAACAAUCUGCUAAAGAAGCAUCAGCUUCUGGAAGCUGACAUCUCUGCUCAUGAGGACCGUCUGAAGGACCUGAAUGGCCAGGCCGACAGCCUGAUGGCCAGCAACGCCUUCGACACCUCACAGGUGAAGGACAAGCGCGACGCCGUCAACGGCCGCUUCACCAAGAUCAAGAGCAUGGCCGCCGGCCGCCGCGCCAAACUUAACGAGUCGCACCGCCUGCACCAGUUCUUCAGGGACCUGGAUGACGAGGAGUCGUGGAUCAAAGAGAAGAAGUUACUCGUGAGCUCGGAGGAUUAUGGACGUGACUUGACAGGAGUACAGAAUCUGAGGAAGAAGCACAAGAGGCUGGAGGCUGAGCUGGCUGCCCAUGAGCCAGCCAUACAGUCUGUUCUGGACACUGGGAAGAAGCUGUCCGAUGACAACACCAUCGGACAGGAGGAGAUCCAGCAGAGACUGGCCCAGUUUGUGGAUCAUUGGAAGGAGCUGAAGGAUCUUGCUGCCGCACGAGGGCAGAGGCUGGAGGAGUCUUUGGAGUACCAGCAGUUUGUGGCGAAUGUGGAAGAGGAAGAGGCGUGGAUCAACGAGAAGCUGAACCUGGUUGGAAGCGAGGACUAUGGGGACACCCUGGCAGCGGUGCAGGGCUUGCUGAAGAAGCACGAAGCAUUUGAGACCGACUUCACGGUACAUCGGGACAGAGUGAACGAUGUGUGCGCAAACGGAGACGAGCUCGUCAACAAGAAUAACCACCACGUGGACAACAUCAGUGCCAAAAUGAAGGCCCUGAAGGGGAAGGUGUUGGAGCUGGAGAGGGCGGCCGAGCAGAGGAAGGCCAAGCUGGACGAGAACUCCGCCUUCCUGCAGUUCAACUGGAAGGCCGAUGUGGUGGAGUCCUGGAUCGGUGAGAAAGAGAACAGUCUGAAGACAGAUGACUAUGGACGGGACCUGUCCUCAGUGCAGACUCUCCUCACUAAACAGGAGACAUUUGACGCUGGGCUCCAGGCAUUCCAGCAGGAGGGCAUCACCAACAUCACUGCCCUGAAGGACCAGCUGCUGGCGGCAAAGCACGUGCAGUCCCGAGCCAUCGAGGCACGCCAUGCCGCCCUCAUUAAGCGCUGGAACCAGCUCCUGUCCAACUCCACUGCCCGCAAGAAGAAGCUUCUGGAAGCCCAGGAGCACUUCAGGAAGGUGGAGGACCUCUUCCUGACCUUUGCCAAGAAGGCGUCGGCCUUCAACAGCUGGUUUGAGAACGCGGAGGAGGACCUGACGGACCCGGUGCGCUGUAACUCUCUGGAGGAGAUCCGGGCGCUGCGGGACGCCCACGAGGCCUUCCGCUCCUCCCUCAGCUCCGCCGAGGCCGACUUCAGCCAGCUGGCCGAGCUGGACCGACAGAUCAAGAGCUACCACGUGGUGUCCAACCCCUACACCUGGUUCACCAUGGAGGCUCUGGAGGAGACCUGGAGGAACCUGCAAAAGAUUAUAAAGGAGCGAGAAUUGGAGCUUCAGAAGGAACAGAGGCGUCAGGAGGAGAACGACAAGCUGCGGCAGGAGUUUGCACAGCACGCCAACGCCUUCCACCAGUGGCUGCAGGAGACCAGGACAUAUCUUCUGGAUGGCAUAGCCUAUCGCCGGGUAAUCCGUGUCUAUCAGUAUGAAGUCGGUGAUGAUCUUUCUGGAAGGUCUUGUAUGGUGGAAGAAUCCGGAACACUGGAAUCCCAGCUUGAGGCAACUAAGCGCAAGCACCAGGAGAUCCGUGCCAUGCGCAGCCAGCUGAAGAAGAUUGAAGAUCUGGGAGCUGCCAUGGAAGAGGCCCUGAUCCUGGAUAAUAAGUACACAGAGCACAGCACAGUGGGGCUGGCACAGCAGUGGGACCAGCUGGACCAGCUGGGCAUGAGGAUGCAGCACAACCUGGAGCAGCAGAUCCAGGCCAGAAACACCACUGGUGUAACUGAAGAAGCCCUGAAGGAAUUCAGCAUGAUGUUCAAGCAUUUUGACAAGGACAAGUCUGGGCGGCUGAACCACCAGGAGUUCAAAUCCUGUCUGCGCUCUCUGGGUUACGACCUGCCCAUGGUUGAGGAAGGAGAGCCUGACCCGGAGUUUGAGUCCAUCCUGGACACCGUUGAUCCCAACAGGGACGGGCACGUAUCUCUGCAGGAGUACAUGGCCUUCAUGAUCAGCCGAGAGACGGAGAACGUCAAGUCGAGUGAGGAGAUUGAGAGCGCUUUCCGAGCCCUGAGUGCAGAGAACAAGCCAUACGUCACCAAGGAGGAGCUCUAUCAGAACCUGUCAAAGGAGCAGGCUGACUACUGCAUCUCGCACAUGAAGCCCUACAUGGACAGCAAGGGGCGGGAGCUGCCCUCAGCAUUCGAUUUUGUGGAGUUCACCCGCUCGCUCUUCGUCAACUAGCCUGCACCUCUGCCUGUCGGUGACAAAUCGGGAUGCGUUUUCCCACAGCAGAACUGCAUGAUUGAAAUGUAGACACUAAACUAUAUCUCUUCCAACUCUCAGUGGGUCCAUUAGAAAGGGGGGGUUCAUUCUGAAUUAAUUCUGUGCAGAAUCUGAUACACAAUCCCCAUUAAUGUAGGGACCUGCUAUCUCUGUGCUACUCUAUAAUAUCUUUGUGAAUGUCUCUGCAUUUUAUUGUGAUGUUUUGGCUAUUAAAAGUCUUUUGCUUGAUUUUAACCUCAUAGAAAUGACUAUGUAGCAACCCUCCUGUGACUGCAGUGUGCUUAAUUAAACGCUUCUGGUUCGAACUGA